CCUGCAUAAAAAUGAAGGAUUUGAGAAAGAAAUAGGUUUGGUUUCCGAGAGGAAGAGUUUGUGGAAUCUAGUGAGAGAGAGCAGAGGAAAAGGGGAAGAAAAAUGUUGAGUGCGACGGCGAUCGGCGCGUUAUUGGGUUUGGGAACCCAGAUGUACUCCAAUGCUCUCCGCAAACUCCCCUACAUGCGCCAUCCGUGGGAGCACGUGGUCGGAAUGGGGUUGGGCGCGGUGUUUGUGAACCAGCUUCUGAAAUGGGAGGCCCAAGUGGAGCAAGACCUCGACAAGAUGCUCGAAAAGGCCAAGGCCGCCAAUGAAAGACGUUAUAUAGUGUUUGAAACUUGUGAGGAAGCUGAAAAUGUUUUUGAAUUGGUCUUUGUGAUGGUGAUUUUGGAGAGAAAGCACAGAGGGUGCCUCUGCAGGAAUGGUUGAUGUGGAUUGUCAGAUAUGCGGAUGGAGAUGAUGAUUAAUGCAUGUCUUCAUGGAUUGUGGCAGUUGGUGAAAAUAAUCAUGAAAUAUGUUGAACUUGUUGCCUUUGUUUUCUGAUUUGAUGAUGUUAUGUUUGUAAGGCUGUUAAAACUUUUUCGUGCUAAUCAGCCUAUUUUUUGCACAAGUUUUUGCAAGCAGUGAAAUUGUUGUAGAUGAUAAUGUUCUGGCCUGGUGGCUUCAUUGGUAAUAAGAUUAUCACGAUAUCUGUGACUCCAUUACGUCUUA